AGAUUUCUUAUGGGAUGGUGAUUUUCGUCUAAAGUGGGAUCCCAUGCUUGCACACUCGAAAACUUUGGAUGAGAUCCCUCAGAAUGGAGCAACAGUUCCACUGGAUAAAAAAAGUUUUCAUUCUUUUGCAGUGACGGUACUGAAUACAUCUUUGGAGGAUGCAUACAGGAAUCCGGACUUACUAUUGUGCUUCAAAG